CGGGCUGUCAUGCUCGCACAUGUGCCAUUAAUUGACAAGAAUGCUGCUCAAGUUGGCUGAUCAAGAGAUAGGCAGUGCAAAGGAACAGGAUUUGAGACAGCCCAGGGUUUCCUCUUCAAGUAGGUCUAAAGCAAUUUUUUUUUUCUCAUUAACUUCCUUCCUGUUCUAACUGCCAGCACUCAGAAGUCAGAGUUGAGAGACAGAGGCACCCCGGACAGAGACGUGAAGCCCUGAAUAAAUAGAUCAAAAUGACUGAAAAAGCCCCAGAGCCACAUGUGGAAGAGGAUGACGAUGAUGAGCUGGACAACAAGCUCAAUUACAAGCCUCCACCGCAGAAGUCCCUGAAAGAGCUGCAGGAAAUGGACAAAGAUGAUGAGAGUCUAACUAAGUACAAGAAAACGCUGCUGGGAGAUGGUCCUGUGGUAACAGAUCCGAAAGCCCCCAAUGUCGUUGUCACCCGGCUCACCCUGGUUUGUGCGAGUGCCCCAGGACCAAUCACCAUGGACCUUACUGGAGAUCUGGAAGCCCUCAAAAAAGAAACCAUUGUGCUAAAGGAAGGUUCUGAAUAUAGAGUCAAAAUUCACUUCAAAGUGAACAGGGAUAUUGUGUCAGGCCUGAAAUAUGUUCAGCACACCUACCGCACUGGAGUGAAAGUGGAUAAAGCAACAUUUAUGGUUGGCAGCUAUGGGCCUCGGCCCGAAGAGUAUGAGUUCCUCACUCCAGUUGAGGAGGCUCCCAAGGGCAUGCUGGCCCGAGGCACGUACCACAACAAGUCCUUCUUCACCGACGAUGACAAGCACGACCACCUCAGCUGGGAGUGGAACCUGUCGAUUAAGAAGGAGUGGACAGAAUGAAUGCAUCCACCCAUCCCUUUCCCCACCCUUGCCAUCUGGAAGAAUCCUCUCAGGCGUGUUCAGCACCCUGUCCCUCCUCCCUGUCCACAGCUGGGUCCCACUUCAACACUGCCCACAUUUCCUUAUUGAUGCAUCUUUUCCCACCCUGUCUCUCAAUGUGGUCCCUAGCACAAGAGGCAUAAAACCGGGCUUUCACCCUGCCUCCUCCCUCCGAUCCUCCGUCAGGGCCAGAUCUUCCACGUCUCCAUCUCAAUACACAAUCAUUUAAUAUUGCCCUCUCUUACCCCAUUCGAGCAACUAGAGGCCAGGAAAUGGGCAAACUAUCACUAACAGGUCUUUGACUCAGGUUCCAGUAGUUCAUUCUAAUGCCUAGAUUCUUUUGCGGUUGUCGCUGGCCCAAUGAGUCGCUAGUCACAUCCCCUGCCAGAUGGAGUACUUCUUUUGUGAGAGACACUGUAAACAACACAAGAGAAUAAGAAUAAAACAAUAACUGCAUGUGUUCUGACUGA